AUGGCUGAGCGCCAGACAUUACAGCUUCAAGAUCGCGCGCGGAUCAUCGCGGACUAUCCAAUUGGCAAUAGACUGACCGCACUCCGCGCUUCAUUCGCUGCAAACUCUGAUCAACAAGUCCAGGCUCACUCUUUUCAAAGUCUGCUUGCCCGCCAAGAUCUGCAACACCUCACUCUGGAGCUCUUGGUCACGCUUAGCAAUCUACCAGCCGCACGCCAUCUUUCCUCAAGGGAUGGUCAAGCGACGCUCGCCAAUGGCUUAUUGAAACUGAUCGCCGACGUGAGCUCUGACGUCUCUAUUGUCGGAUCGAUCGUAUCUCUCCUGAGCAUUGCCCUCGACGCUUCUUGCAAGGACGAGGAGAUUUGGGACAAAGUCUAUGCUAUACUGCCUGCUCUGCAGAACUCGAAGCCUAGUGCAGCGCAAACCACCACCUCUGGAGUCGCGGUUCUACCCCAGCGCCGAUCCGCGGAAAGACCACAGAAAAACGAACCAAGCACCCGGCGCAUGCGACAGCUUCGUCCCAGUUACGUUUCCAGCCACGAAACGACGCCUCGGCUGAGCAACAGGGGAGGGAAGAGGUACAAAGUUGACAUCGCCUGCGACCCUUGUCGCCUUCGGAAGGUCAAAUGUGAUGGGAUUCGCCCAGUAUGUGGCGCUUGCAUGAAGAGCAAAAGGGUUAGGGCAACAUGCCAAUACAACCGAGGCAACGAGGAACCCAAUUUCAGGGAGAGGGACGAGGAUCUAGCCAACGACUCAUUCCACCUGGACCUCAUGCCAGAAGAAAAAUCCUCUGAUUCUGGACAACAAGACUUCACCCCUCUCGUUCUUCCCAAUAUUGGAACGCAGCCCUUAAUGGCUGUUUCUAGCGGCACAAGCCUCAGUGGCGCUCAGAAUAAUAUUGGAAUUGUCGAGAUAUAUCAAGAGCAACUACAUGAGUAUGGGAUCUCGAGUAUGAAGGUUUUCUUUGAGCGCCUGAGGGCGUCCAUCGAUGCACAGCUUGGUAUACCGGCUGAUGGUAAUCCGUUCAAAAUCCCAUUAACAGACGCACCAAUGUUUUUGGCACCGAGCUCUAAUCCAGGACUAACGGCUCAGAAAGAGAGUGACUUGGUGCUACCUUCACGCAAGAAUGCUGAUGUGCUUGUUGAUAUAUAUUGGUCGCGCCUGCAUCCAAUUGAACCGGUCUUGGACCGCAGGCAAUUUGACUCUCUUUACAACGCUUUGUACUUAGGAAGUAUAGGUGAUAGCGCUAAACGUCUUUUCGGUUGUACUUUCAACGCCGUGCUCGCACUGGCCACGCAAUGCCAAGAACACAUCGAUCUUGAACAGAGACAGCAGACGAGCAAGAUGUAUUUUGAUCGUGCCUGGUUUAUUAUUCGACCAGGCCAAGAAUUAUGGGAGAGUCCAUCUCUCGAACUGGUUGAGUGCCUGCUCCUCAUGUGCAACUAUCUUCGUUGUACCACUAAUGCCCACCAAGCUUGGAUGGCCAUGGGCGCUGCCGUUCGUGUUGCUCAAAGCCUUGGGCUACACUUACUCGGAAACCCCCCUAAUAACGAUGCUUUUAAUGCUAGGCGGAUACAAUUAUGGCGUAUAUGCAUCUUCCAUGAUAAGCAGAUGUCAUUGGCGCAAGGUCGCCCGAGAACCAUCAACGACUGUUUUGUCAAUGCCAUUCUAGAGUACAACGAUACCUCUCAGGAAGAUGAAGCAACAUCUGCCUUCAUCAUAAAAUCCAUUGAACUCUUUCAGAGCGUCACGUCGAUAAAAUCAAGCUUACCGAAGGCGUACCAUGGGCGGCCGGCACGAGGCAUCGAACAGCUUGCACACAAGGACGAUGAGUAUCUUCAUAUGGUUCUUAGGCUCGAGGACCGUCUAGUCGAUUGGGAGCAAAACCUCCCGCUAAUUCUAAGGUACACAAGCGGCUUAGCAAGCCAGAGAAGUAAGAAUUCGGCGCUCACAGCGACCUUCAAGCUGAGACUCGCUCACAACCGGAUCUUUAUUUUUCGGCCGAUGCUGGCCUACCUCUGUUUAUCCAAAUCUCACCACGACCUACAAACUCUCUCCAAUGACACGUUGAGGCAGCAGAUCAUUCGUAAUUGCGCCUCGGUGUGUAUUAGAAAUGCUCAAGAGAUUAUAUCUAUACUUCAAGAACAAUGCCACCCGGAAAUACUUAACAAUGCCCCCAUUCCGUGGUGGCAUCGGAUGCUCUACCUGCACGUGGCCGCCACGACUCUCAUCGCUGCCACGCUGAGCGGCGAUAUAGCGGCAGAGUUUCAAACUUCGGCAUCUUUGGAUCAACUCGUCUCUCUUCUUCAUGCUCAUGAACACUGCACCGAUUAUAUCUCACAGUAUUCGCAGGCUUUUGGAACUCUUCUAGCCAAAGUCUCAAGCAUCCGCUUUGAGCCGUCUGGUUCGAUGCUACCAACAUCCGAAUCACUCCCACCUACACCAUAUCUACAGGAGCUCUUCCCUGGUAACACUACUUUCCCUUUUGGAUUGGAGGAUAUACUCUAUCUAGAUAAUCUAUAA